AUGGGUUCCCUCUACAAACAAUCUGUCCCCUUGUUCGUCAAGUAUCUGAAUAACCUAUCGGCCUUGGUCCAGAAGGGGCAAGUCUUCGCAGACGAGAAAUCUCUCAAGCAUGACGACAUUAUCAGCUACCGCUUGAUAUCAGACAUGCGAGGGCUAGCGUACCAGGUGCAAUCCUGCUGUAACACCACUGUCUGGUUCGUUGACCGAGUCGGUGGCCUCGAGCACGUCGCCAUCGAGGACAACGAGACGACAUUUGAGCAGUUGCAAGCCCGCCUCGAAAGGACUAUCGCGUACUUGAACAAGGUGGACGCCAAGGUCAUCGAUGAUAAGGCCAACUCGUCUGUCUUGAUGGAGACCAAAAUGGGCAACUUCCGUUGGGACGACGCGCAGGCAUAUCUGUCCGAAUUUGUUAUCCCUAAUUUCCACUUCCAUCUGUCAACCGCAUACUGUCUCCUGAGGACUCAGGGUGUGCCAGUUGACGCCAUUGAUUACCUGAAGGGUGCACUCCACAAGGUUUGA